AUGUGCCUUGCAGUCAGUCACCUGAGAUAUCUAUUUUCAGUUUAUUCACACUCUUUUUGUUUAUUUUCUGAUUUCUUUUCUAUUUGUUUAUUUUAUUUUUCUCUUUUUAAUUUAUUUGCUUUUCCUUCAUGCAUAUUUAUUUUUAUUCUUGUAAUUCUUCUCACAUGUUUACUUUUUCUUUCACUUGAUCUAUUUAUUUUUCUCUUUCAUGCUGAUUUACUUUUUCUCUUUUGUCUCGUGCAUUUCUCUCUCUCUCUUUUGUCUCGUGCAUUUCUCUCUCUCUCUCUCUUUUGUCUCGUGCAUUUCUCUCUCUCUCUCUCUUUUGUCUCGUGCAUUUCUCUCUCUCUCUCUCUUUUGUCUCGUGCAUUUUCUCUCUCUCUCUCUUUUGUCUCGUGCAUUUCUCUCUCUCUCUCUUUGUCUCGUGCAUUUCUCUGUCUUUCUCUCUCUCUCUCUCGUCUCGUCUCUAUUCUCUCUCUCUCUCUUUUGUCUCGUAUACUUCUCUCUCUCUCUCUCUGUUGUCUUGUGUAUUUCUCUCUCUCUUUUGUCUCGUAUACUUCUCUCUCUCUCUCUUUUGUCUCGUGUAUUUCUCUCUCUCUCUCUCUUUUGUCUCGUGUAUUUCUCUCUCUCUCUCUCUUUUGUCUCGUGUAUUUCUCUCUCUCUCUCUCUUUUGUCUCGUGUAUUUCUCUCUCUCUCUCUCUGUUGUCUCGCGUAUUUCUCUCUCUCUCUCUCUCUCUGUUGUCUCGCGUAUUUCUCUCUAGUCUCGUGUAUUUCUCUCUCUCUCUCUCUCGUCUCGUGUAUUUACUUUUCUCUUUUGCACAUAUUUACUAUUCUUCUCGCAUAUUUUUCUCUUUUGUCUCAUGUAUUUACUAUUUCUCUUUUUUCUUCACGUAUUUAUUUCUUCUUGUGCAUUAUAUUUUUGGUAUUUUCACGUAUUUCUCUCCUUCUUUCCGCGUAUUUCCUUCUUUCUGCGUAUUUCCUUUCUUUCCUUCUUUCCACGUAUUUCCUUCUUUCUGCGUAUUUCCUUUCUCUCCUUCUUUCCGCGUAUUUCCUUUCUUUCCUUCUUUCCACGUAUUUCCUUUCUCUCCUUCUUUCCGCGUAUUUCCUUCUUUCCACGUAUUUCCUUCUUUCCGCGUAUUUCCUUUCUUUCCUUCUUUCCACGUAUUUCCUUUCUCUCCUUCUUUCCGCAUAUUUCCUUCUUUCCGCAUAUUUCCUUUCUCUCCUUCUUUCCGCGUAUUUCCUUCCUCUCUUUCUUUUCGCAUAUUUAUUUCUUGUCUAUUUACUUUUAGUUCUUCUCACGUAUUUUCUCAUUCUUCUUGUGUAUUUCCUCUCUCUCAUUCUUCUUGCGUAUUUUCCCUCUUUCUCUCUCCAUGCAUAUUUAUUCAUUCUUGUGUAUUUAUUUUUCCUUCUUCUCACAUAUUUUUUUCUUUCUUCUCACACAUUUACUUUUUUUUUCUCCUCCUUGCCAAAAUGGGUGACACGAAAGGAAAGAAAAAAGUUGUCCUUGCUUAUAGCGGUGGACUUGAUACGUCGUGCAUUCUUGUGUGGCUUAAGGAGCAAGGAUAUGAAGUCGUUGCAUUUUUGGCCAAUAUUGGCCAGGAUGAAGAUUUUGAUGCGGCCCGAAAAAAAGCAGAGUCCCUUGGGGCUGUGAAGAUUGUCAUCCCAGAUUUGAGGAAAUCAUUUGUAGAGGAUUAUAUUUGGCCUGCAGUUCAAGCCAAUGGUUGUUAUGAAGACCGGUACCUGUUAGGCACAUCUUUGGCACGACCCUGUAUUGCCAGUGCAAUGGUUGAGGUGGCCAAAGAAGAAGGUGCCCAGUUCGUCUCUCAUGGGGCCACAGGCAAAGGGAAUGACCAAAUUCGUUUUGAAUUGACUUCAUAUGCUCUUUACCCAAAAGUUGAGAUUAUCUCCCCUUGGAGGUUGCCAGAAUUUUACAACCGAUUCAAAGGACGAGAUGAUUUAAUGGAGUAUGCAAAGCAACAAGGAAUUCCUGUUCCUACAACCAAGAAAGAUCCUUGGAGCAUGGACGCCAAUCUGAUGCAUAUCAGCUAUGAGAGUGGCAUUCUGGAAAAUCCAUGGACACAGGCCCCUGAUGGUAUUUACAAUAUGACCACGGACCCUGAAAAGGCCCCAGACACGCCAACUAAACUUGAAAUCACCUUCAAGAAAGGUUUACCUGCUUGUGUUAAGAACUUAGAUGAUGGAGUCGUCAAAACCAAACCCUUGGAGCUUUUUCUCUACCUUAAUGAAGUUGGAGGCAAACAUGGAAUUGGCCGAAUAGAUUUGGUUGAAAAUCGUUUCAUUGGAAUGAAAUCUCGGGGUGUUUAUGAAACCCCAGGUGGCACUAUACUGCUAGCGGCACAUAUUGAUAUCGAAGUCUUUACGAUGGACAGAGAAAUGCGUAAAAUCAAGCGAGAAUUGGACCUGAAAUUUGGUGAACAGGUUUAUCGAGGUUUGUGGUACAGUCCGGAAUGUGAAUACACCCGUUUCUGCAUUGAAAAAAGCCAGGAACACGUCGAGGGUAGAGUCAUCGUGACCCUGUUCAAGGGUCAAGUGAUGGUCAAUGCCAGAGAAUCAGCUCUUUCUCUUUACAAUGAAGAAUUAGUCAGCAUGAACGUCCAAGGUAACUAUGACCCUAUUCAUGCUGGCGGUUUCAUCAAAAUCAACAGUCUGCGACUUCAAGAAUUUUACCGUCUUCGGCAGAAGCAGAUUGGUCCCAACAAACCUUACAGUAAGCCGUAA